CGUGAAGCUGUUUCCUUUUCACUGCAAACCAGCUAAAGCGCCCUCUAUCUCUCUCUCUCUCUCUCUCUCUGUGCCUCCCUCAGCGAGCGAGCUUUAUAUACUUCUUCAGGGUCCUGGCGAAAUAUCCCUAGCUCCUUAGGUUUCGAGCGAGAAUAGCAGAUGGGUGGAGGCGAACACCACCACGGAUGGGGCGCGGCGGCGGCGACGGCGGCGGCGGUGGCGGCCCCGGAGACCACGUACGCCGGGAGAGACGGCCGGUGGACGCACUUCGAUGACUCGGUGAACGCGGUGUCGUUCGGGUUCGUGGCCACGGCCAUCCUCAUAUCCAUGUUCCUCCUCAUGGCCAUCUUCGAGAGGUUCCUCAGGAGCCGAACGAGCUCCUCGCCGUCGCCUCCGCCGUCGCAGACCUCGUCGGAUUCUUCUCCCGGUCGGAGCACGACCCGUUUGGACGUGGAGUCUCAAAUGGCGUUGCCUCACAAGCUCCGUCUUCUCUCCUCUCCCAAAAUGAGCGUGUAUGCAAAUGGAGUAUCCGUGUUGAUGCCCGGAGAGCAGAUGCCCACCUUCAUCGCGCACCCCGCCCCUCCUCCUCCUCCUCCAACUCCUCCUCCGCCGCCGCCGCCGCCGCUGCCGCCUUGUCCUCGAGAGCCCGUUUCUCAGCCUGUCCAUCAUCAGCACAACCACUCCUUCUACCUCCACUGUCUUUCAAGAUCCAUUGGGAGCUAGCAACGGGAACCCGUCGACCAGAAACUCGUGUGUCAGGUGAAGAGCCCCAAAACCCACACUCAGAUCCAUCUAAGCAGAUGCUUUCAGAAGCAAGAACUGUCAAAACAUGAGGUGCCAUGCUGAUGUACAGUGCUCGAAAGAAACUGCUGGUAUCUCGACUCUCUCUUGCUUUUCUCCCAAGUUGAAUCUGCUUCUGCAGUCAUCGAAAAUGUGGAAGGAAGACUCAAAAGUUUCAGUAGAAGUAGAGUUAUGCUAGUGGUACGAAAUUAAUACACGAAUUGAGGCGGUAAAUUUUGUUUAGAGUACUUGAAUGUGUCUUACCUGCUCAUACUUCAGAUAUCAGUUUCAAGUUUAUCAUAUAACUUGGUAAAUGAAUCUCCGAUUCCCUCAUAAUGAGAUUUUCGACUUCGCUAUAAGUAGCUCUA